AUGUCUUCAAAUACUCAAACUGUUCCUAUAAAUCAAACUCAAUUUUCACACCCUCCACCGCCUCCCAGUAAUUUUGGUUGGAUAUUUGCAUUAUUUGGUGCUAUAAUUGGUAUUCCAUCUUCAAUUAGAAAUUUAGCAAUUAAAUUGAUUCUAACACUUAUUUUUGUUCCUUUGCUAACAAUAAUUGCAAUACUAAAUCCAUCAUUACAAUUAUAUUUAACAGAAAGAAAGAUUAGUAUAUGUUAUUACUGGUCGUCUCCAUGGUUUUGUACUUCCCCAAAACAACUUUUACCAAUGAAUUAUAGUGUUAUAAUUGAUAUUAAAUCAAUUUUGUCACUUAAAGAUGGAUGGGAAAUAGUAUCAGAUGGUGGGCAAUUUUCAAAAAAAUUUUUAAACCAAGAUGCUGAAUAUCAAAAAAUAUUAAUAGCUAUAACAGGGGAUUAUAAUAGUGGUAAAACUUGGUUUUUAAAUAAUUUAGAGAAUACUAAUUAUCAAUCUUCAUACCAAAAUGCUACACCUGCAUUCUCAUUUGUUGAAUCAUCAAUUUCUCCCUAUGUUUAUAUGGAUACUCAAGGUUUAAAACGAUUAGCAUCUUCUUCAAUUCGUGAUGAUAGCAGUAGACAUAGUAUCAAGGAUAUCAAAGCCCUUGAUAGUUUGGUUUCAGAUUCAUACAAUGUUCCUAGCAUUAUUUUUGAAGUUAGAGAUACUGGUAAUAAUGAUGAUUAUUGUACUCAGGAACAAAGACAUGAAGAGUAUUUUCAAGAUCAAGUUAUUCCAAAAAAAGUUGUUGUUGUUCAUAAUUUUAAAAAUUUGGAAACAAUAUCUGAAGUUGAAAAAUACAUUCGUGACGACAUUAUUAAUCCUGAAAUUGGGGGUCAAUUAGUCAUUAGUUCAACUCCAGGAACCAUUGGUUGCCAAUACUGGUAUGUUGGUAGAAUUUACCAUUUCGUUGUUGCUAAAGGAGGAUCAAAAGCAGGAAAAUUUUAUAACAAAUGUACAUUUGAUCUCAUUAGAUCAACUAUUCUUACCAAUCAAGCUUAUGUACCAAAAAUAAAUAUUUUAAAUUCUCUCAUAAUAAAUAUAGAGCAAUCUCUAAGAAAUAAUUUAAGAGAUCCAAAUUUACCAAAAGAUGGAUUUGUAAAUGUAAAGAAGGAUUCAUGGAAACUCUUUAGUUUUGUAAGAAAUAUUUAUAAUCAAUUUUCUUCCAAACCAGAUCCUGAUGAACCAAUUGACAUUGAAACUAAUCCAUUUAAAUUAAUAAUAGAAAAUAACAAAAUUAAAUUAACCAACUCUUCAUUUGAUUUGGAAUUUGCUUUUAAAGAUAGCUGUGGAUUUAAAAAUAUUGAUUUUAAUCCACAAUGUGACGUAACUUUUAAUGAACUUGAAAAUAAUUUCGGAAUUACAUGUGAUCUUCCAAAUUCAUAUAUAAACUGGAGUUGCUCAAAAAACAAUCCUAACAUAGUUUUUCUCUAUUAUGAAAGAAAAUCUCCAACAUAUUCAACCUCACAUAUUAAAAAUAAAAUUAAUCGUAGAACAUAUAUUAAACAUAGAAAAUAUUUUGUAAUUCCAACAAAGCAUUGGAUUACUUGUAAAAGUUUAAUUUCAACUGCUGUAUAUAAAGAUGGUACUGCCCAUGUAUCACUCUCUGAAGAUAGUACUGUUGUUGCUGGGUCUCCAUUCCCAAAAGAUGAUAAUAAUUAA